AUGCUUUUUUCUUUUUUUUUUCUUUUUUUUUUCUUUUUUUUUUCUUUUUUUUUUCUUUUUUUUUUCUUUUUUUUUUCUUUUUUUCAUCAUGUGUGCUCUGGCCCCCAGCGCUCCAGUUUAAUGCAGGAAGAGCUCCCAGAGUGUUUUCGUGUUGUUUCACAGCAAAGAACUUGUGGCGAUGAAGCUGUUGGAACGGCUCUGGAAGAUAUUCACAGAUUUGUAUUUGAGAAGAGUCAGAGGAACAUGGAGGCGUUGUCACCUUCUGAACUUCUUUCAUCUUGUGAUUUGGCGGUGAAAAAGGUGGGGGGACAACUGGGUAAAAGAAACCCAUUGGGCACAGCGCAUCUACCCAUGGGAGUGGUCAUUGUUGAGAUGAUUGCACGCCUAACUCGAAUUUUGUUCUGGGGUAUUACUGCAUGUUCCGAGAUGUCUUUGCCACGUAAACUGAAGAUGAUUGAGGAAGACGGAGAAGAAUUGGAGGAGGUACUUCUGCCGCGUUUUUUCUUGAAGCUCUCAGUGAGUCCCAUCAUUCUGCGAGAUGUAUUAAUGAAAGCCCCUUGGGACGUCUUUUCGCGUCUCUAUGGCACAGAGAGCGCCCUCCCAGGGGAAGUCAGAGAGUGUGUCCCUGUGGAAGUCAGAUCUGUUCUCAGCAGUCUUAAGGUGAAUUUUGGAUGUGACUUUCUUUUUCAUAUUUGUGUUCCGGUAGAUUUGACAGGCUCGCAUCGGGAGGCGGUCAACACUGCCGCCGAGGCCAUCGCUUCUCAUAUGGCCACUGCAUUUGAUUUGGGCGGUGGUCUCUCAGUGGCUGUGGAGGCAGAUUGCGAUAAUAAAAAUAUUGGAGACGACACAAAUCAUCAUUUGUUUCGCGAUAAAAGUUGUACACGUUCUUCCCUUCUCGGCAGGAGCACUUCCCGUUCCGAGUCUUGGGAUUUUAAGACGGGUCGAAAACCCCUUUUGUCGUCGGGGGAACGGUCACAAUUUACGCAAUUUAUUCAUUCCCGCCACUGUUUGCCUGCUUACAAGCUAACUAGAAGAAGGUCGGGAGUACUGCCGGGGCCAGGGGCGGGUAUUGAGUGUGCAGAUUACCCCAUCAAUGGAGCUGGUCAUUAUUCCCCUGCUACUGAGGAAAGCCACGUCUCCUCAGAGGAGCACGACGGCGAGACAGAAGUGUUGGCACCAGAAACCCCAGUAAAGAAAAGGGUGCGAGCCGAAAAAGGAGUUGUGCCACCAUCGCCUUCGCGUCCCACUCGCGAAUAA